AUGUAUAUAAGAGAUAUAAAUCCUGGAAGGCAUGGUCCGCUAAUCUCAAAGAUUCCAUUUUUAAUUAAUUACUUUGAGAAAGAAAUGUAGAUUAAUUAACCAGGUUCUAUAUAUGGUGCCCAAGGAGGUUACAACAAGAGCCAUCCGCAAUCAAUUGUCAUAAAAAGAAAUUUGAUUGAAAAGGAAACAUAUAAGUAUUUUGGUCAAAAUUUUUGGGAAGAUUAACAAGAAAAAAUGAACACAGUUUUUAUUGAUCACAAUCUAAAAAUUGAAGAUCAAGAUGAAUCAUUGAUAGUUGACUUUGCUAAUGCUUAUAUUGGGGGAGGAACUUUGGGGAAAGGAGCUGCAUAGGAGGAAAUUUUAUUCCUUAUAUUUCCCUAGGCAAUUAUUAGCAUGCUAAUUUGCGAAAAAAUGGAUAUAAAUGAAGCUAUACUUAUUCAAAAUGUCAGAAGAUACGCAAAUUACUCUGGAUAUUCCUCAACCUUAUAGUACCAUGAUAUGAAUUCAUUUCACAAAAAUGUUAUUAGAAAAGACAUCAUAGCAAUGGAUGCUAUUUAAUAUUAUGACGGUAGAAAUUAUUCUCAAUACAGAUCAGAGAACUUUAUCUAAGAGUUGAAUAAAUGCUAUAUUGCUUUUAGGUGCAUCGAGUAAUGCAGGUUAAGUAAAAUCUCUUCAGGAAGGUGGGGUUGUGGUGCAUUUAAAGGAGAUCCUCAAUUGAAGUUUCUAUUAUAAUGGAUUGCAGCUUCACUUGUAAAAAAGCAUUUGAUAUUUGCUACCAUCAAUGAUAAUAGAGGACUUGAAAAGCUAAAUGAAGUAAUAAUGGCAUUAAGUAGAAAACAAAUCAAGGAUGUAUUUGGUUAUUUAGUAAAAUACUCAUAGGGUAAUUAAGGACAGCAUGAUCUAUUCAAUACAAUUUUAUGGAUGGCUAAUCAAACUAAGUUAAAUGAUCCUUAUAGUAAUAAGUUAAAUGAUCCUUAUAGUGAUAAGUUAAAUUCAUAUAGCUAGAUCAAAUAUGAGAAGAUUUCUAAUUUCGACUAGAGGUUAUCAGCUCAUGAUUAAUCCAGCAAAAUUAUCUAAAUUAAUAAGAGAUCAUAAACAAUUGGUUAAAAUGGUAAGAAUAAUGGAUUAGCCUUUGGAUAAAACAAUAAGCAAAAUUCCAAUAACUAUGAAUAAUAAGUUAACUAUGAUUUCAAGGUACUAAAUGCACAGAAUAAGUAAAAAAAUGAAUAAGAUAACUGGAGGUAUGAUCAAAAUAAUAGUAAGGGCAUUGGUACUAUGCUAUCACCAAUAAGGUAGACAAGAGGUAAUACGAAGAAAUAAAAUUGA